UGUAACGGAUUGAUGUAUUUUGUUAGCACAAAAUUGAUCAAUACAGAGUUCAGACUGUUAGAUGAAAAUAUUUAAUAUUAUCAGAACAGAAAUUUGAAGUGUAGGUUUAAAGAUUUAUUUAAUGUUCUUUUAGGUACAUAAAACUCUGAUAAAUUUACUGAUCUUUCAAGGGGAAUUAAUAUUAAUUCAUAACUAUGACUGUUAAGUUGCUUUUCGUAUUGAUUAUAGUAACUGCUAUGAAAACAGUUUAUUCCAUAAACUGUUACCAGUGUUCUGGAAGCGAUUCAAACAAUCCAUUUGAAUGCAAUGAGUAUUUAGAUUCCGAAACGAAUUUAAUUGCAAAUGAUUGUUCUUCAAUUCACAAUGCCCAGUAUUGUAUCAAACAUGUAGGAAGAUUUGAAGGUGGUUCUAUUGAAUGUUAUCAGUGUAAUACAACAUCAGAGUUGGAAUGUAGUGAUGGUAUGAUGAAGCUUGAUGGUGGUAUGCUGAGUGCCACACCCUGUGACCAAGUAUAUAAUGCCCAGUACUGCAUCAAGGAAAUAGAUGGAAUUGGUACAAAAAGGUUUUGCUCGUCAUUAGAUUUAGGAAACCAAUGCAAAUAUGUGCAACAACUGGGAGAUGUGUUGGAAUAUAGGACCUGUAUUUAUACCUGUGAUACAGAUGGUUGCAACAGUGCCUCGACUUUGAGAAUGUGUUUCACAAUAUUUAUUUUAUGCUUUAUGUCGAUUUGGAUAAAUCAAGUCUGAAAUAAUAGUGGAAUAAGAUUUUCUAUACUAAGAUAUUUAAUGUGUGUGUAAAAGCAUGUUGCUUUGAUCCUUUUUAUACAAACAUUCCAAUCCACCCGUCCAGUACAUAGCUUUAAAUAUAUUUUUAUAUACAAUUCUUACAUUUAAUAAGUUUUUUUCUGUAAUUUUGUAAAUAAAGAAUAUUAAACGAAA